AUGAAGCUGGCGCAGAGCACCUCGGCGCGGACGGCCCUGUCGUCCCGCCAUGUAGCCCUAGCUCCGCUUCGUUUUUCGGGCACGGCACCCCGCGUCAGCAGCCGCCGCGCCGCACCUGCCCCCCGGGCUGGCCCCGCGACACGCGCGCUGCCCGCCCGGGCGCCCCGCGCCGCCGCGCGCUCGCGCCGCUCCGCCGUCAGCGUCGUCAGCUACCUGACAGAGCACGCGCCCAUCGCCUACAAGGAUCUCUCGAUCGGCGUGCCACGCGAGACGGCCCAGAACGAGAAGCGCGUCGCCCUCACCCCCCAGGGCGUUGCCUCGCUCCUGAAGCAGGGCUUCGCAGAGGUGGUGGUGGAGUCUGGCGCCGGCGCCGCCGCCGAGUUCAGCGAUGCCGAGUACGUGGCGGCCGGCGCCAAGAUCGGCCAGACCUCCGACGCCUUUGGGCGCGACAUCGUGCUCAAGGUGCGCCCUCCAUCCCUGGAUGAGGCCAAGGGCCUGAAGCAGGGGGCGCGGCUGAUCUCAUACAUCUACCCCGCGCGGGAGAAGGAGCUGCUGGCGACGCUUCAGGCCAGGAGGGCCACCGUCAUCGGUGCGCGGGGAUGA